AUGCUGAUAUCGAAAGCAUCAUCCAUCUGUAGAUCACUUCAAAUCAAUGCGACCCGUGCUUAUAGGUUGUCGAAAGAAUUGGUGGAAAGUGGUGAGUCAGCUAUAACUCUUUCUCCCGAUGGAGCAGUCGUCGUUUGUUGGCAUCCAGUCAGAAAAGUUCCUUAUGAGUGUACUAAACCUAUUUCACAUAACAUUAAAUCGCUACGUACUCCAACUUCUCCUCUAAAAAUCAAUGUACCUGAUACAAUCAUCAAAAAUUCUGCAGAGCCUACUGUAGUAGAACUUUCAAAAGCUUUCGGUGUUCCAUGGUUUCAUUUUCGACCUAGACAAUGGAAUUCCAGCUAUCCUAAUAAGUCUAACCAACUUCCUGCGACUUGGGUUUCUUCUUAUCGUUUCACGAUUUGGGGAUUGAUUGAUCAGUUGUAAAUUGGAUUGUCUACAGUUGGUGAGACGCCAUGAAAUAAAAUGUCAAUUUUAAUUAAAAUCAAUGAGAUCCUGUAAUAUAUAAUGUGUACGGGAUUUUAGAACUUUUAUGCAGAUGUUUCCAGUUUUAAAAAUCCUGUAAAUAUAUAUUUAAAAAAAAACGACUUACAGAUAGUGUGGAUGCAGUUACCAAUGAGAAAGAAAUAGGUUCCGUUAAAGUUACUUCUACAUUUUGUUUAUGAUAUAAAGUACUGUUGCAAUUUGCUGAAUCCGAUGGAGUUGGUGUAUUUGAUGACAAAUCGAAUUCCGCAGGAUUUGAAACUAAUGAUAAAAGAAAAUCAUUCGAAGUGAUAGCAAAACGAAACGAAAACUUUGAAAAUAACUACAGUUGGAUUUAGACAGUGUUAAAUCUUUAAAUCAGCUAGAUUAAUUCAUUUCAGGGACACUUGAAUGUCGAAUGCUAAACACGUAUAAAUGUUGUAAAAUCUAAUAUUUAUUCAUUCUUUUGGUGUGUAUAUAUUUUGAAUUCUUUUGAAAAUUAAAUGUAAAUUAAAACUCACAGUCGGUCUAGUAGGAACCAUAUUUUUAAAAUUCAU